GGAUGCCUGUAGAUUGACAGCCGUGUCCGCCAAUGAGUAGCAACCGACUUUCACCCAAACCUCCUCUUCCUCGACUUAGUCGUAGGGUCACGACGUCUCCUUCAAGUUCUCCUUCAGCAACGAAUCAAUCUUUGCCGGAAGGGCCAGGAGCUCAGCAAACUCAUCGUAGCGAUUCCACAGACCAUCCCUCUCCCCAGGCUGAUCGCGGGAUGAUAAUCAACACAGGAUCUCGUCCAAGGCGAGGAUUCUCCGGUUCCCCUCCUCUGCGACCUCGAAUGUCGGCAGAUGCUGUCCCUCCCAUCACCCGACAAUCCUCUCCUUCCCCUCAGGCUUUGCAGUUCCCCACCAACAUCUCUUCGAGUGCAGAGGAGGAGUCCAGUAGACGAGGUCUAGAUGAUUGGAAGAAGAGAACAGAUCACCUUGCUGCUGCAGUUCUCGCAGCUGCCCGGAUUUCCCGCUCACCGUCAACUCAAUCCAACGCAGACAUCAAUAGCAAACAAGGAGCAAAUGAGAACGACAGUCGAGUUGUGGGUGAUGCUGAUGCAGCAGCUUGUACUGCGGUGCCUCAAACAGAGAUGGCUGGCUCACAGAUCGCUAUUCCAGCAGGACAAGAGUAUUUGAGGAAAGAACUGGCAAGUUACGGGCAGGAGAACCAGGAUUCUAACUCGGCAUGCGAACUUCACUAUCACGAAACAAGUCUGUCUGAGUCAACGUCGUCGAACGAGGGCGAAUGUAAAGUUCAGCUGACAAGUGUGCUUGCCCGUGCUGGAGUUGGCAUCAUCUUCUCGCUAACAAGCAGCAAGAUAUUGGUUCAUGGCAUCCUAAAGAACGGAGGUGCGUCUAGGGCAUCAAGAGUGCCUGAGGUAGGAGACGCCCUCCUCAUGAUACAAGAUGAACCGUGCUAUGCAAACACGUUGCAAGAUCUCGACGCUCACUUUGACCGGCACAAGAACGUCAAGAGUGUCAGCUUGACCUUAGAGGAUAGUCACGGCAGUCGUUACACCUCCACCUGCGAGAAAUCUCAUCCUGAUAUCCACGUGAAGCACGUCGACUUCGACUUUGGCCCCAAGCACAACGACCUGCAGCUGAUCGAGUCUCGCAUCAUGGGCCACACCUCUGACAGCAAACUCUCCGAGGCCUCUCAAUCGCACAGCUUCGCCUCCCAUGCGAUGGUUCAGACAUGGCAGGCUUGCUCAAACACCGCCGAUAACAUCUCUAGGAUCGAUGACAUUCUUUUCCGCGAGCGGCUUCUGCAGGAGGACUUGAAAUUGUAUCAUGAACGAGCGAUGAGGCGAUAUGCAUGGGAACACGAGGAGAGAAUUCGACUGGAGACAGAGAGAGACAUGUUGCUGCGAAGAAAUAUGGAGUUCAAAACUCGGUACAAGUCAGCACGAGGUCGAUUGAGCGGGCUCGAGAACCGUAUACAAGACCUCGAGCUCAAGUACAAGGAAGCUGUUGGGAAGCUCCACACUUUGCACAAUCCUUUCUCAGUUGCCGGGAUGGUGGUAGAGACAGGUGGUCAUGUUACAAAGCACACAAUCGCCCCAGAGCUGUCAGAUGAUGAGAACGCAGAUCAUAUCGAAGCCAACGAAAACCUCCCCGUGGAUAACUUGCCAGGCAUCGGCGACGAACUUGUGUCCUCUGACGAGCGUUCUACCAUGACCGAGCUUGUCGCCAGCAUGGCAGACGGGCCGAGAGACGACAUGCCGACUCCUCACUUCAUGGGGCCCGGGUCAACUGGCGUCGGAAAGUUUGCAGGAGCCUACUUUUAGCUGUCGCCAGUGAGUCACGUAACUUGCCGAUUUGCUUCAAGUUGCUCACUGAGGGAGUCAGUCCGAUUAGCAUUCAACUUGUGACGGCCGACCCGCCCGGCCGCCGGGGCCCCGCGGCCCGGGCCCGCAGCAGGCGGGUACGGCCGGGUCCAUGACGGUUGGUAGUGUGCAAUCGUCACAUGGACGAAAGGGGGUGGUUGAUAGGCAUGAGGAGAGGGGUGAUUUAUCGGGGAAGCGAGGGGGUGGUCCGGUUGUUGGUACAAAAACUGGGCAAAAGUAAAGCAAUCCG